GCCGAGCCGAGCCGUCUCCCCUUCCCAUAGGAGGCUGCGCCGAUCCUCCCCGCCCCCAAAUUUAAAGGGGAUUAGCUCCCCCUCCCCCCGGGAGAGCCGGGCCGCAGGACGGGCCGCGCGGGGACAGACGGACCUGGAGGGAGAGGCUCGCAGCAAAGGCCCUGGCGAUGGCCACUUUCACCCGCCAGGAGUUCUACCAGCAGCUGCUGCAGGGCUGCAUGAUACCCACUGCCCAGCAGGGGCUGGAGCAGAUCUGGCUCCUGCUGCUCAUCUGCCUGGCAUGCCGGCUGCUCUGGAGGCUGCCUCUGCCCGGCUAUGCCAAGCACCUCAGCACGGUGGUGGGGGGGUUCUACGCCCUCCACCACUUCUUCCAGCUGCAGAUGGUCUGGGUGGUGCUGCUCAGCCUGCUCUGCUACCUGGUUCUCUUCCUGUGCCGGCACUCGGCCCACCGUGGGGUCUUCCUCUCCAUCACCAUCCUCAUCUACCUCCUCAUGGGGGAGAUGCACAUGGUGGAUACUGUGACCUGGCAUAAAAUGAGAGGGGCCCAGAUGAUUGUGGCGAUGAAGGCCGUGUCCCUGGGCUUCGACCUGGACCGAGGGGAGCUCCCGGCCGUCCCCUCCCCCGUGGAGUUCAUGGGCUACAUCUACUUUGUGGGCACGGCCAUCUUCGGGCCCUGGAGCCGCUUCCGCAGCUACCUCCAGGCGGUGGAGAGCCGGGCCCUGAGCCUCCCCUGGCUGCGGAAGGUGUCCCGGAGCCUCCUCCUCUCCAUCAUCUGCCUCCUCGUCUCCACCUGCAUCGCCCCCUACCUGUUCUCCUACUUCAUCCCGCUCUACGGCUACCGGCAGCUCAGGAAGUGGCUCCGGGCCUACGAAAGCGCCAUCUCCUUCCACUUCAGCAGCUACUUUGUGGGAUUCCUCUCCGAGGCCACGGCCACGCUGGCUGGGGCGGGAUUCACCGAGGAGAAGGACAACCUCAAAUGGGACCUGACGGUGUCCCGACCCUUGAAUGUCGAGCUGCCCCGGUCAAUGGUGGAAGUCGUCACCAGCUGGAACCUGCCCAUGUCCAGUUGGCUCAACUCCUAUGUCUUUAAGAACAGCCUGCAGCUGGGGACUUUCUCCGCUGUCAUUGUCACGUACGCCGCCAGCGCCCUCCUGCAUGGACUCAGCUUCCACCUGGCUGCCGUGCUGCUCUCUCUGGGAUUCAUCACCUACGUGGAGCAUGUCCUCCGGAAGCGCCUCUCUGUCAUCUUUGACGCCUGUCUCCUCUCCAAGCGCUGCCUGCCCGGCUGUCCCCACCGCCAUAACACGAAUCUCUGGGUUCGGCUGCUGAACCUGCUUUUCGGCGCUCUGGCUGUCUUCCACCUCGCCUACUUGGGCUCACUCUUCGACAUCGACGCUGACGACACCGUAGAGGAGCAGGGUUACAGCAUGUCCUACACCAUCUACAAGUGGUCGGAGCUGAGCUGGGCCAGCCACUGGGUCACCUUCGGCUGCUGGGUCUUCUACCGCCUCAUCGGCUGAGCUGGACUGGGACACAGAGACACCGGGAGGUGGGGGGUGUCCUGGUGUGAUCUGACUGUACCUCCCCCAGCCCCUACUGAGACCAUCGGACACAACCUCAAGAGCUGGAACUGGAGGACCGAGAUUUCUAUGGUCAGUUUGGCUCCCACGCCUACCACCAUGUUGUAGGAGCAGAGUGAGAGAACAGACACCAUGGAGAAUGACCACACACACUCCAUUCACCGUGCCCUGGUCCUCUCUAGGAACUGGAGGACCGAGAUCUCUGUGGUCGAUUCCGAUCCCACCCUGUUGUCGCAGCAGAGAGAAAAGGGACACUGCCACCCAAGGAAGGACACACCCCGGCCCCCGCCCAGAACUCCUCCCCAUGCAGCGUCCCCUCUAGGACCUGCACGACCAAGAACUCUGUGAGUUUAUAUGGCUCGAGUUACAGCUGCUACCCCCAUCCCCGCAACCCCCAAACCUGCCAAGGGUGGGGGACAGGAAAGUACUGUACUUAGCUUAGAAAAAGGGAUUUUUUUAAACAGUAAACGCCCAAGUAUCGGAUUUGUUACCUGUAAAAUAAAUAAUAAAAACGUGUACGCAGAACCAUACUGCCUCCUGCUGGCUGGAUUGCUUAAUGAGCCAUUCACGCUUUAAUAGUAACGCGUCGUUAAUCGAUGGUGGGGCUUCUCAUUUCAAACUCAAGCCUUUUGCACCCAGUCAUGCGUCAUUAUUAAUACUUUGCAUUAUCACCAGGAUCAGGUCCCCUGUUGCAAUGAGGGCCGCCCGGCCCCCUCAUAUCUCCCCACCAGACUGAGAUUGGGGGCCUCCAUUGUGCCAGACAGACACCCCCACUGAGAGCAGAGCCCCAUCACGCCAGGUGCUCGAG